AGUGAUCCCAUUAGCGGCGCAAACUCGCAGCAGCUGCGACCCGGCCAGCGGCGGCGGCUGCAGCCCAGUCUCUGUGCGCCCCAGUACUGGUCCUGGGCGGGACCCCGGAGCUGAGUGCACAGCCUCAACCGCACGCAGACUUCGUCUGUCCUUUCAAGCUCUUCAUGCUACCCAACUAAAAGAAGAAAAUGGGCACGGGGGAUUUUAUCUGCAUUUCCAUGACCGGCGGGGCGCCCUGGGGGUUCAGAUUGCAAGGUGGCAAAGAGCAGCAGCAGCCCUUACAAGUUGCUAAGAUCCGAAGCCAGAGCAAAGCCUCUGGAUCUGGGCUCUGUGAGGGGGAUGAAGUGGUUUCUAUCAAUGGCAACCCUUGUGCAAACCUCACCUACCCAGAAGUCAUCAAGCUCAUGGAGAGCAUAACAGACUCUCUCCAAAUGCUCAUCAAAAGACCAUCCAGUGGAAUAAGUGAGACUUUGAUUACUGAAACUGAAAACAAAAACCAUGAACAUCUCACCCGUGAGGGGUAUGUGGAAAGUACCACCCUACAGAUUCGACCAGCCACAAAGAGCCAGUGCAGAGAGUACUACAUCGCCCCAGUCAAGAGUGGAGCUCCCCUAGCUGAGGACCAAGCACGUGGUACUGGGGUUUCUGGGAGCAUAAAAGAAGAAGCAAGCCUGGCUCCUCACACAUCUGACUUGGAAAGUGAACACUUACCAGAGGAGGGUAUCUUAAGGGACAAUGCAGAAGUGGGGCGAGCAGGAACUGUGGUUGAGCUACAACUAUCCCUUUCACAAGAGAGACACAAGGGCGCUAGUGCCCCUGUAGUGGCUCUCCUGGGAGCUGAGAAAUCUAAGUCUCCUGACCCAGAUCUAAAUUUACAACAUGAUGGGACUGUCUGCAUAAAUUCAGUCCCCACUAGUGAGAAAGGGGACUCUGCUCUGAGGUCCAGCAAGAUAAUUCAGAUCUCCAGUGGCCAAGAGUUGAGAGUGAUCCAAAGUAGUGAAGCAGGAGAUUCGGGACUGCCCCGAGUGGAAGUGAUCUUCAACUGCUCUGACAGGCAGAAGACGGAAGGGUGCAGGCUUCAGGCAGGAAAGGGGUGUGUGGAUUCUCCAGUGGAAGGAGGGCAGUCAGAAGCACCUCCUUCUCUGGUAUCCUUUGCAGUCUCAUCAGAAGGCACAGAGCAGGGAGAAGAUCCACGCUCUGAAAGGGAUCACAGCAGACCUCACAAGCACAGAGCACGCCACGCACGGCUCAGAAGGAGUGAAAGCCUAUCAGAAAAGCAGGUGAAAGAAGCAAAGUCUAAAUGCAAAAGCAUUGCCCUCCUUCUAACAGAUGCCCCCAACCCCAACUCCAAGGGGGUGUUGAUGUUUAAGAAGCGUCGUCGGAGGGCCAGGAAAUACACCCUAGUCAGCUACGGGACCGGUGAACUUGAGCGAGAGGCCGACGAGGAGGAGGAAGAAGGGGACAAAGAAGAUACAUGUGAAGUAGCAUUUCUGGGUGCAAGCGAAUCAGAGGUAGAUGAAGAGUUAUUGUCUGAUAUUGACGACAACACACAAGUUGUGAACUUUGAUUGGGAUUCUGGACUAGUGGAAAUUGAAAAGAAACUGAACAGAGGAGAUAAGAUGGAGAUGUUGCCAGACACCACAGGCAAGGGCGCCCUCAUGUUUGCCAAGAGGAGGGAGAGAAUGGAUCAGAUUACAGCCCAAAAAGAGGAGGAAAGGGUGGGUGGAGUGCCAAGCAGAGAACCAAAUGCUGCCCAGAUGGAUGGUUUGAGAACCAUGACGUCCUACCAAAGGAAGGAAGAAGAAUCGGUGAGAGUGCAGAGCUCUGUGAGCAAAAGCUACAUCGAGGUGAGCCCAGGUCUUGGCCAUAUGACUCAACAGAAUGGCUUCACCGGGGUGUCUGAGACGGCAGAUGCUCAGAGAAUGACCCCUAUGAAUAGAACGGCCAAGCCCUUCCCAGGGUCUGUGAACCAGCCAGCAACGCCCUUCUCUCCAACCCGAAACAUGACAAGUCCCAUCGCUGACUUUCCUGCACCUCCACCUUAUUCUGCAGUCACACCCCCACCAGAACCCUUCUCUAGGGCAGUGUCAAGUCCAGUAGCUGGCCCAGCACAGCCCCCUCCAUGGCCCCAGCCUGUCCCAUGGUCCCAACCAGCCUUUUAUGAUUCAUCUGAAAGAAUAGCUUCUCGGGAUGAAAGGAUCGCAGUACCAGCAAAAAGAACAGGAAUAUUGCAGGAGGCUAAAAGGAGAAGCACAACAAAACCCAUGUUCACUUUUAAAGAGCCCAAAGUAAGCCCAAAUCCUGAACUCUUGUCACUUCUUCAAAAUUCAGAAGGAAAAAAAGGCACUGGAGCUGGAGGUGAUUCUGGACCGGAAGAAGACUACCUCAGUUUAGGAGCAGAGGCUUGUAAUUUCAUGCAAGGCUCCUCUACAAAACAAAAGACCCCACCUCCUGUUGCUCCAAAGCCUGCUGUCAAGUCCUCAUCCUCCCAACCAGUAACUCCAGUUUCUCCAGUCUGGUCGCCAGGAGUGGCUCCAACCCAACCUCCUGCCUUUCCCACAUCCAGUCCAUCACAGGGCACCGCUGUCUCCUCCAUCAAAAUAGCCCAGCCUUCUUAUCCUCCUGCCCGGCCUGCAAGUGCUUUGAACCUGGCUGGUCCCUUCAAAGGACCACAAGCAUCAGUAGCCACUCUGAACUACACUCCCAAGCCAGCAGCUCCCACACCAACAGUAAAUGCUGCUCAUGCUGGUGCAGUGGGACCAUCCAAUGAGCUUCCAGGAAUGAGUGGGAAAGGAGCCCAGCUCUUUGCUAAAAGGCAGUCUAGGAUGGAGAAGUAUGUGGUGGAUUCAGACACGGUGCAAGCUCAUGCUGCUCGUGCACAGUCUCCCACUCCAUCUCUACCAGCUGGCUGGAAGUACUCCUCCAACGUUCGAGCACCUCCUCCUGUGGCCUACAAUCCUAUCCAUUCCCCUUCCUACCCCCUGGCUGCUGUCAAGUCUCAGCCGUCAGCCCCGCAGGCCUCUAAAACAAGCAAGAAAAAGGGCAAGAAACCCCUCAAUGCUUUGGAUGUAAUGAAGCACCAACCGUAUCAGCUAAAUGCGUCCUUGUUUACUUUCCAACCUCCAGAUUCAAAGGAUGGCCUCCCCCCAAAGGCAUCAGUCAAGGUCAGUUCAGUGCCAGGCAUGAAGCAAGCUCUUCCUCCUCGGCCAGUGAAUGCUGGCUCGCCCACUAAUGUGCAAGCCUCGUCCGUGUACUCAGUACCAGCCUAUUCCUCUCCGCCUUCCUUCUUUGCUGAGGCCACCUCACCAGUCAGUGCCUCCCCAGUGCCUGUGGCCAUUCCCACCUCGCCAAAGCAAGAAUCAGCCUCACCAUCUUACUUUGUAGCACCAAGGCCAAAGUUCUCAGCCAAGAAAAGUGGUGUCACAGUUCAGGAGAGUGGACGCUCGCUUUCUCUUCCUGGAAGACCUGUCCCACCUGCCAUAUCUACAACAUCUCCUUGGGGAUACCAGCCUGCUUAUAGCUACUCUAGGAAACCAACUGAUGAGCUAGAGAAAGCAAACAAAAGGCUAACUCCUUGGGAAGCAGCAGCCAAGUCUCCUCUUGGUUUAGUGGAUGAUGCCUUUAGACCCAGAAAUAUCCAGGAAUCCAUUGUGGCAAAUGUGGUCUCAGCAGCUCGGAGGAAGGUGCUUCCAGGGCCGUCCGAGAAUUGGAAUGAAAGACUCUCCUAUGUCCCUCAAACUCAGAAGGCCAGUAUGGGCUCAUCUGGAAGGCAAGAGUAUAAUGUUGCCUCCCUACCCAUUAACAGUAUGCCCACCAGCUCUCAGUAUGGUUCACAGGUGCCAUAUGCAUACUACAGGCAGCCUUCCAGACAUGAUUCUGAAAUAAUGUCCAUGGAGACCAGGUCUGAUUAUUGUCUUUCAGUAGCUGGUUGCAACUAUAACCCACACCCAAGGGGGUGGAGACGCCAAACAUGAAAGUUAGAAGUGAUUAUGUGCCACCUGUAGUUUUUUAAAAUGUUUCUUUGUAGUGUUUUGACUUUUUCAAUAGAUUUAGAUUUAAAUUCACUUUUGAUCUCAGCUUGUUCUCAUAAGUCACUUAUCUGAGUGUGUGUAUGUGUGUGUGUGCACAUGUGAUUGUGACCCACUUCCUUCUCUGCUGAUGCAUAGAGAAAUUCUUUGAAAAAAAUUUCAUUUUCUGCAUCAAUGGCACUUAUAAAUAAUUCAUAAUCCUAAUUCCAUUUAUUUCAUUAAUAUGUGGUAGUCUAGGUAACUAAACUCUCAAUUAAAGUGAAAUUAAGUAUUUUCUUAUAUAUGCCUUAGUGUAGGAUAGAAUUGAUGAAGUUGCUAAUUGUUAUUAGCAGUAGCAGCAAGGAAUAUAACAUUGGAGAAGUUUUCAACAGGAGUAUGUUAAUGAAUAAUAAUUAUAUAAAAAAGGAUUUCCUUGGUGUUAUUUUAAGCAUUUCUUUGAAAUAUAUUUUAAAAUCUGAUAAAAUUCAGAUUUGUUUUUUAGAACUGAAACAUAGAUGUUCUCAGAAAGAAAGAAAUAUUUGAGUUAAGGAAGACAAUUAUACAUUUCAGAGGAACUUUUGAGGUAAAUGGUGUAAUGUGUGGGGAAUAGAAAGAUUUAGGUAUAGGAUUUAUUUUUAAUCUAUUUAAAGCCAGCAGCCUGAGACAGGAAUAGACUCUGGGUUCAGGUGUCCUCAUCUGUUAAAUGAGAAGAUCAGAUUAUUCAAUAUCCUUAACAGUGCUGAUGUUCUGAGAUUCUCAUUUGUAGAAUGACCUUUGAUGUAUUAUUCAUUUUUGUUGCUCGUCAUAUAAAUAUCGGAUUAAGUUUAGAGUUAAGAUUAAGUUAAGAUUAGGUCAUUGGUGUCACUGCAUGUAUCAUUAAAGAUCCAAGAGGAAUUGCUGGGCAGCAGGUUUUGUGCUAUGUGUUACAUGGAGUGAGGGUUGAUGCGAAGAAAAAAGCUAUUAAUGGAUUUAAGGAAGUGGUAGAUGGAUGUGUCUAUUAUUAUGCAACAGCAGAUUAUGACCAUUUAUUUAGUUACAGAAAGCAUGCCAUAGAAGCCUAUGCAAUAAGUGGUUUGUCUUAGAAAGCCAUCACAAAGAUGUUUAAAGGAAGUUAAACAGUUGCUUGGACAAUUCCAUGACUCAUACCUUGUUAGCAUGACCUUGAGAUAAUCAGUCAAAUACAUGCUCAUCACUGCCAUAUCCACAAAGUAUUAAAUACAAGGAAAUUGAAGGUAUUUUACAUCAUAAACAAGUAUUGAGAAUACUUUAAAAUAAAAACAUCUUAGGUAUCCAAAACUUUUUUAGGUUUCUAAAUAUGAUUAUUUUGCUUUGUUUUACUUUUUAACUCUUAAGUUUAUCAUUAUGAUGGUCUCUUUCACAGAAUAAAACUUUUAAAAAAUUGCUAGGAUACAAGUAAUCCCUUUUCUUGGAACAAACAAACAAAAGUUGAAGAAAUCAUAGUAAGUUCUAUUGGUAAUAGGAUCACCCAGAUACUAAUUUGUUUAGUUAGUGAGAAACAACGAGUACUUUCUAAGGUUUUAUUUUUCAAUUAUCUCAAAUUGAUAUAGUAUUAAUUCUCUCAAAUCAUAGACAUAAUUCCUGAUUCUUAAAGAUUUCUGAUGGAAUCUUAAAAAAAUAAUGCCUGGUAUAUUGGUUGCUCUGUCAGCAAUUCCCAGGAAUCCCCCACAUAAAAAUUCUUAUUUGUUUCCAACCUUACUAUAGUGGUCCAAAUGUUCUAAAUGUCAAUGUUUUAAGAUAUGCAUAAUUUAGAGUAAAAGAUUUUGUGUGACAGGAUCAUACCCUACUUUGUUGCUAUCUUUUUUGUUUUCUGCACCCACAGCAUGCAGAAGUUCUCAGGCCAGGGAUCAAACCCGUGCUGCAGCAGCACCUGAGCCACAGCAGUGACAAUGCUGGAUCCUUACCCGCUGAGCCACCAGGGGACUUUAUGUUGCUUUCUUUUAUGAACGCUGGAAGUUAUUUCCUUUACUCCUUAGAUCUUAGAUAUUCCAAUUCCAGAAGUUGAUUACAUUAUAUUAUUCACUAAACAUUUCACUAGACUCAAAAUAGAAGUAGAUAUUUUAAACUUAAAUAUUAUUUUAAAGAGAGAUCUCCUUUGCAUGCUCUAGAUCAAAAUAAUCAUAGUAUUAAGCUAUCUGAAUUUAUUCUAGACAUCAAGAAAAAGACAAUACAUAGAAAGCUGCACAUUUUUAAUUCACGAAGAAAUGAAUGUCUCACACUUUUAUUAGAAAUCAAUGUUUCAAGAAGUCAUACUUCGCAGACAUAAUUCUGAAAAACAUAAGUGCUACUGUCAAAUCAUCACAAAAUGUAUGAGUAUUUAUCUUCAGUUUCCUUGAAAAGGAGUAAAGUUAGACUGCUUAUAUCAAACUAAUGUUUGAACCAAGGUUGCCAUGCUGAUACCUGAUUCCUGGUGAGAAUACCUAGAUAACUAUUGUUCUCACAAAAAUAAAAUCAGUUUGCCUUAUAUUCCAAAUAAUAGCCUUUUUAGAACUGUUGUUUUGUAAAUAUAUACCACAUAUGUUGUAAGACAUUUUUCUACUAGUAGCAAUCACAUAGGUAGAAAGAGUUCUGUUCUACCACAGAUUAAAAAGCAUUCUCUAAAAGUACACUAAUUUGGCACCUUCUUUCCAUCCUGAGUUUAAAUAUCAUACCAUUGCCUGUGUGUGUGUUUAUUCUUAAGAUGAUUUAAAUAUUGUCUUGUAUUUUGUGUGCUAUAAUUACACGAUUCUAGUCCAUUUAUCUCUGAAUGUGUCUCUUUUAUGUUUUGGCCCCAUCACUCCCAUUGGAAAGGGACACACUGUAGGGCUCAAGCAUAUAUAUAUAUAUUAAUGAUUUGAACCUUUGGAUAAAAAACUAUAUCAAAUAGGCUUAGCUAAUUAGAGAGGAACUAUAGAAAUGUUUGUUUUUAAGAGAAAGUAGAUUUUCACAUUUGAUUUCUAUUCAAAGUAGCAUCUAUGCUGUCCACACUUUUCUGUUAAAAUAGACUAUGUUCUCCUGCAAUUAGCUUAACAUUCCACCUUUGUUUAACCCAAAAGACUGUAUCUGAAAGAUGCAUUCUGAAACUCAAAACUGUGUUCAUAAUAAAAAUUAACUUGAAAAUCAA